UCCAGGAGCGCGCAGCGUGGCGAUCGGUGGUGCGCUGUGUCCCUCGGCCACAGUGGAUCACCGAUCAACGGAAAGAGCCGAAGAUGUCGGCUCGGUCAUGGGAUCAGCUGUGUCCAAUCACAGCUGAUCACAUGGGACAUGUACACUGAUCAUCAUAGCAUUGAUGAUCAGUGUGCCCUGAUGAUCAAUGUAGCCCCAGCAGUGCCACCUAUCAGUGCCCAUCAGUGCCAGCUGUCAGUGCUCAUCCAUGGCACCAGCCAGUGCCCAUCAGUGCCACAUUUCAGUGCACAUCCAUGGCACCAGCCAGUGCCCAUCAGUGCCACAUUUCAGUGCACAUCAAUG